UAUUCACCACAAGAUGGACAAGCCAAGCAGCUUUUAUUGUCUACGGGGUUUUCUUUUUGCUAUGCAAGUGUGGAUAUAUGAGUGCUGCUCUAAUGUUGACCUAAUUUAAUGGUUAAAACCGGAAGCCGAAUCCCAAGAAUGUUCAACUGGAAAACAGUGAACCAAAAGCCAUCAGUUAACUACUUGAUGAUGGGCAUGUUUAAGGACGGUGAGGACAUUCUUAACUUCAACAACAUUGUUCCGACCAUGUUAGAGGUUGAGAAGCUUGGUCUGCAUCCAUACCUGGUCAACAGAUCUGCACCACCACCUCAAAUAAACCAAGAGGAAGAUGAAUAUGCAGAUUUUACCACAACACCACCCCAUGUUGCUGCUGCCAAGAAAACUCAAAAGAAGGAUGCUUUAAAAUCUCCACCGCACAAGAAGCCAAGGAAGAUGUCAACGGCAGCAUUGCUUGUUCAGAAGUCACCAACCACAAUCCCAGAAAAUUCUACAGUUGGACAAUCAUCUGAAAAAUCUGCUUCGGUGGCAGAUAAGCCUGUUCAAUCAAAGGAAAAAGAAAAAGCUGCUCCAAGUGCCCACCGUGUUCCUGUUGACGACGUAUCUACCAGCAAAUCAGAUGACUUCAAAAGUUUGAGGCAGGAACUUAAUCAAUUUAAGCAGGAAGUGCUAGCUGAAUUGAAGGAUGUUUUUACUGAACUCAAGGAUCUUCGCAAAGUUAUUGAUGAAAACUUCGAAAAGGUUUUGGAACAUGUCAAAGGGAAACAAAAUUCAGAAAAGGAAAAGGGUCUUGCACCGGAUAUUCAAGUUGGUAUUGGCAAUGAGAGCGGCGAUACGAUGAAAGCUUCAACCGAAGAGAUUGCGGAAGGAGGUGAUCUUUCAGGAGAACCAAAGACUUCAGUUGAACGUCCGGCUGAUCAAACAGGGAAAGAUACUGUGAUCGCACAGGUGCUAGCAAAUAUAGCAGAAUCAGAAAUGGCUAAUGAACAAGUUCAAGAGGAAAACACUAGCUCCACUGUCUUAGAGGAACCCCAGGCAGCAGUUUGUAACGCACAGCCGUUGUCUCAGUGGUUAUUGCCUGAUGAGUAUUUACCGAGCCAAACCCCAGGGAAAGAAAUCAUUUUACAUCCAUCAGUCCCACGCCCCAGUAGUAGUUCGGGAACGGAUCAUGUUCCUGUAUUUGAUAAAAAAUAUCCAUUCUAG